AUGCUGCUGCACGUCACUUCUCCGCAACACUCCCCGCCCUCACCACACCCCGCGCCGGGCGCUUCCGAAGUGACGCGGUGGAGCGCGCGUAGAGGAGUGCGCGGGCCGGCCGGAGCGGAACGGGGAGCCAUCAUGGCUGAAUGGUUAUCAGAAAUAAUCGACAAAGACUCAGGUUGUCCUGUAAAUGCGAAGACAGAAAUCGUGGAUGAAUGUGAAAGUAUCUGGACACAGUUGGAAGAGUGUCAGAGGAAGCUAAUGCUUCGAAGAAAAGAAACACUGAAAAAAUCAGAUACCAGGCUUCCCUUGUUAAAGAUGCUAUUGACAAGUUUAACAGUGGAAUGUAAACAGUGGCAAAAAAGAAGUCCUGAACUAAUUUCUACUAAUCCAGGUAUGCUAUCAGCAUUAGGACAAAAAGAGUUGCAGGCUGUAAAGGAUAAUCUUGAAAUGGUGCUCGCGGCAGCUGAGUCAAAGAAUAAACAACUGGAAGAAGAUCUGAAAAGAGAACAGCAGUGGCAUGAGGAACAGAACCAGUUAGUAGAUUUUCUUACUAAAAUGGAAGAAGAGACAAAAGCCCAAGCUGAACUUCCUCAAAAAAGUUCGGAUAUUGAUGAACUGCAAAAUGAAAUCUUGAAAGUAACGACCUUUAAGAACAAACUCUUGAUUGCUCUGAGGGAAUUCCUAGAAGAACAUUUUCCCCUUCCAAAGGAAGGUGUAAGUGCUAAAAAGAAUUCUGAGAAGCCAGCUGCAGAACUGAUAACGCUGCAUAAAAUUUUGGAGAUUCUCAUAGAACAAUUAAUGCACAGGCCACAUGAACCCUAUGUAACAAUCAAUGACUCAUUCUGGCCACCUUACGUUGAGCUGCUGCUGCGAUAUGGAAUUGCCCUGAGACAUCCGGAAGAUCCAAACAGAAUGCGCCUAGAAGCCUUUCACAUAUAGCAUGACAUACCUGUUUACUUUAACACAAAACAAAGCACCAGUACAUUUACUUGGGGGCUAAGUCAUACUUGGGUUCUAUGAUGAGCUUUUUUUAUUAUCAGCAACCUUUUCUUAUUGGAUUAUUAUUCUUUAUUAUUAACUGCGUAUUUGGUCAGAUAGUGAAAUACGAAAAAAAAGAUUAAAAUUUCUACCUUAACUGUUAGAAACAUUACAUGUAAUUAACAUUAAUUACAUUACAUUAGGGAACAGUUAGCUUUUCGUUUCAUGGCAAGUGAUGCAUUGUAAAGGGGUUUUUUAGCUGCUUUAAGAAGAUGCAAAUUCAGGUAAUGGGCAAAUAAAAGAUUAAAAUUAAA